AUGCUUUCUGCUUCCAGAUCAUGUAUCAAGCGUGGCUAUGCCACCGGAACCGCCAAGACGCUGAAAAUCGGUCUGAUCCCAGGUGACGGUAUCGGAAGAGAGGUCAUCCCAGCCGGUCGCCAGGUCCUCGAGGCCUUGCCAUCCGAGUAUAAUCUCAAGUUUGAGUUUGUGGAUCUGCUCGCUGGUUUUGAGCUUUUCAAGAAGACCGGAACCGCCUUGCCAGAGGAGACCGUCCAGGCCCUGCAAGGUUCCUGUGAUGGUGCUUUGUUUGGAGCUGUUUCCUCGCCAACCACCAAGGUGGCCGGCUACUCUUCGCCAAUUGUGGCUCUGAGAAAGAAGAUGGGUCUUUAUGCCAACGUUCGUCCCGUCAAGUCGGUUGACGGUAUCGGUAGACCCGUCGACAUGGUGAUUGUUCGUGAGAACACCGAAGAUUUGUACAUCAAGGAGGAGAGAAUCUUCGAAAAGGAUGGUCAAAAGGUGGCUGAGGCCAUCAAGAGAAUCACCGAGAGAGCCACCACCAACAUUGGUAAGAUGGCUCUGGACAUUGCUUUGCAGAGACAGAAGGUGCGUGAGUUGGGAGGUGCUUCCCUGCACUCUGUUCCUUCUCUGACCGUCACCCACAAGUCCAACGUGUUGUCUGUUUCUGACGGUUUGUUCAGAGAAACCAUUAGAAACCUGUACGACGCCAACCUCGAGAAAUACGGCUCUGUUGAGUACAAGGAGCAGAUUGUCGACUCUAUGGUGUACAGAAUGUUCCGUGAGCCUGAGAUCUUUGACGUUGUCGUUGCUCCCAACCUGUACGGUGAUAUCCUCUCUGAUGGUGCUGCUGCUCUUGUUGGUUCUUUAGGUGUUGUUCCAUCUGCCAAUGUUGGUGACAACUUUGCCAUUGGUGAGCCAUGUCACGGUUCUGCUCCAGACAUCGAGGGCAGAGGUAUCUCCAACCCAAUUGCCACGAUUCGUUCCACUGCGUUGAUGCUUGAGUUCAUGGGCUAUGCUGAGCCUGCUGCCAAGAUUUACGCUGCUGUCGAUGCCAACCUGGGCGAGGACACCAUCAAGACCCCAGACUUGGGCGGAAAGUCCACUACCCAGGAGGUUGUUGAUGACAUUCUCAAGCGUUUCUAA